CUUUGCUUUGUCUUUCUUUUAGCACUUAAUUCCCUCUGACUGUUGUCCUUUUUCUGUCUUUCAUUUUAAUUCGCUUCAGCUAACCGCACUUGGGCUCUAGUUGGCACUUAAACUACUCUAGACUCCGAGGUCUUCGGCCGGGUACAGACGACAAGCGAUCUUGAUCGGAUUGCCCAUGCAGCGAACGAGUAGCUGAUUUUGAUUAUAUCUACAUCCAUGAAGAUUCUCAAACCCAAUCGCCUCUGAGCUUCGAGGUUUAGUUUCAACCGGUCGUGGCCAUUGAAUACGUCGUCUUGUUCGCGGUUUCCUGCCCGAUUCACUCCCAAUUUUUCGCGCUGAACUAAAGCAUCUCGUCAACGUUCGAACUGCAGAGAUGGAGACAACCACAGUGGAUCCAGACAGGCUAUCGGUGCAGGAGGAUACAGUCCAAACCGUGCAGCCAGCUGUCGAUACCCUGGAGACCACCGAGCCUAACGUCCAACCAGAACAUGACAUGCCAUCAAAUACGGAGGAAGCGCCAGCCAAUUCCCCUCAACCUUACAGCAACGGGUAUAGCAACGGGCCGUCCACCCACCACCCAUCCGUUGAGUACGCUCAAUCUGCGCCUGCACUGUCGUCACACGAAGGCGAUUUUCCGUCAAGGUUCAGCUCACCUACAAUGGCGUACCAGCAACUUCAGCAAGUACCGCAAUCAAGCUCUCGCCCGGGCUCGGGUUUGUCGAGUGGUGGAGAUAGAUAUGGAUACUCGCAGUCGCAUUCUGAACAGACCUCCAGACCGCAGUCGGGCCCUCCCAGCAAAAACAGUGUAGUAAUCAAAGUGGGCAUGGUUGGUGAUGCGCAAAUCGGCAAAACCAGUCUCAUGGUGAAAUACGUUGAAGGAAGCUGGGACGAAGACUAUAUCCAGACGCUAGGGGUAAACUUCAUGGAGAAGACGAUCUCGAUUCGAAACACGGAGAUUACAUUUUCGAUUUGGGACCUUGGUGGGCAACGCGAAUUUGUCAACAUGCUUCCCUUGGUCUGCAACGAUGCGGUCGCUAUUUUGUUCAUGUUCGACCUCACUCGGAAGAGCACAUUGAAUUCUAUCAAAGAAUGGUACCGCCAGGGUCGUGGAUUCAACAAAACUGCAAUUCCACUUCUCGUCGGUACUAAAUAUGACCAUUUCGUCAACUUUCCUCGCGAAGACCAAGAAGAGAUUUCAAUUCAGGCCAAGCGCUUCGCCAAGGCAAUGAGGGCGAGCUUGAUUUUUAGCAGCACAAGUCAUAGCAUAAAUGUGCAAAAAAUUUUCAAGAUCGUGCUCAGCAAAGCCUUCGACCUGAAGUGCACGAUCCCCGAGAUCGAGAACAUUGGCGAGCCGCUUUUGCUUUAUCAAAAUGUCUAAUGAGAUUGCAAAACCAUGUUUACCUGGAGACGGAGUGACUGAGAAUUCUUACGAUGAUGCCAUACUUCGACGAGUGAUGGUCUUAUAUUACGAUAUUAAUCUUAUGUUUUUUGGGUUGAAGGCGGCCCAUCAACUCGGUGGCGGCUUCAAACAGGCUGAAACAGCCGCCAACUGCAGGUUGGACCCCCUUUUUUGAUCGACACUAAUUCUUCAGAACCACGGGAUGCCUUGCACAUCCAUUUAUUACCAAUCCUCGCACCGGGUUGUCACUUUCCUUGCCUGCUUCUCAUCUCUCGUUGUCCCCCACAGCAGUACAUCCUUAACCAAGGGCACUUUUCUUUCCAAUUUGUGUUUUUAGUAAAAUCAGACAGCGGCAGUGCAUUCUAGGCACUUUCCUAUGUUUAUUCUGACCUGUACAGCAAGUAAUACAACACGAAAUGGAAUAACUUUCUCUC